GAGGACAUUCCGAUCGCGGCUGGGCGAUCGAGUCACGCGUUUACGCCGAGGAUCCGUUCAAGAACUUUGGCCUGCCGUCGGUCGGCCGGCUGUCCAAAUACAUUGAGCCCAACCACCUUCCCGGGGUGCGGUGCGACUCGGGCGUGGCCGAGGGUUCGGACAUCAGCAUCUACUACGACCCGAUGAUCUGCAAACUGGUAGCGUACGGCAACAGUCGUCAGGAGGCGAUCGCGCGUAGCCUGGACGCGCUCGACUCGUAUGUCAUCCAUGGGGUGACGCACAACAUCCCGCUACUGAGGGACAUCCUGACCGAGCCGCGCUUCGUCAGCGGCGACAUCACCACCAACUACCUGCCAGAGGUGUACCCGGACGGGUUCCAGGGCCACCGUUUGGAGGGCGAGUCUCUACUGCGGCUGGCCGCCCUCUCGGCCGUCAUCCACGUGAAGCACACACAGCGCUCCAGUCUGGUCAGCGGUCACCACGCGCUGCAGCCGGUGGCCACUAAAUGGGACCUGGUGGUCCUCUGCGGCCCGGCCGGUGACGUGCCGCUCACAGUCGAAGCCGUCCAGGACGGGUACCAGGUGACGGUGGAGGGCCGCUCGCUGCUCGUGGCCGACACGUUCAACCUGGCGCAGCCGGUCAUCUCGACGGCCGUGGAUGGAGAGAGGAGAUGGUACAGCUGCUGCGGCGCGGCGUCAGGGGAGACGCCACAGUCAGGUUCCGUGGCACAGCGUUCGACGUUCAGGUGUACUCGGACACAGCUUACAAAUACUUCAAACUCAUGCCAAAGAGAGAAAAGGCGGACGCCAGCCGGCAGGUGGCCUCGCCGAUGCCCGGUCUGGUGAAGUCGGUGGCUGUCGGCGUGGGCGACCUCGUCUCGGACGGCCAGGAGGUGUGCGUCAUCGAGGCCAUGAAGAUGCAGAACUCCCUGGUGGCCGCCAUAGCCGGCAAGGUCAAGGCCGUGCACGUCAAGGAGGGCGAUACUGUAGACGAGCAGGUGCUGGUCGAGCUCGAGUAGUGACGUCGCCGGCCGCUGACUGGUCGGUGGUUGAUGGUUAUUAUCGGUGGUCGAUGGUUGAUGGUGCUCAGCAGUGUUGUGAGGUGUGACCGGGAGGGCGGUUUUGUACCAGGCACACGCGAGUCCGUGAAUCUGUAGAGCCGGUAUAUUUUUCGAUAGGUGUGUAAUGGUAGAUGUGAUAAAAGUCGCCGUGAAGCCCUAUCCCGUACCAGUGAUAAUGGACUCUGAGAAUUUUUGCCGGGUAGUCGUCGGGAGCGGGUAAACGAUGGACAGGUAAUGGUGUGCCAGUGAGACAUUUUUGUUACGUUUUGCAACAUGUUUCGAGUCAUUGGGAUCUGCACGUAUGAUGUUGAGUGUCAACAAAAGACUGUGUUUCUAUUGCGGAUUUAGUGUAUUUGUGUGGUGUCACGGGCGACGAAGUCUUCGCGACUUGACGGUGCAAUAUUAGAUAUUCCUCAGCUGCCUGACGCUGCGUGUCUCGUACAAUAAACUGUAACCUGCGUCA